CGCCUUUCAUAGUUAGACGAAACAGAAGAUUAAACUAUAACACUUUCUAUCGUAUUCAUAAGUUUUUAAUAUUUGCAGUAUUAUAAAAUAUUUCAAGGUUUUUGACAUAAGAAAAUGUCUAUACGAAGUCAGGAAUAUGUAGCUAGCUAACCCUCUAACUUGUAUGACAGUCGCAUUAAAUUCCAUUGUAUUGACAACGAAGUGUGAACAAAACAAGCAGAUAAAAGAUCGUUUUAAUCGAAGCAAAAGACAAGAAAAAUUAUGCCUGUUCUGAAGUUUGUUAUGUUUCAGUUCCUUGUUUGGCAGAUAGAUGCAUGUACUGAAUUGGAACUGUUAACAAAACCUGUAGUCUUUGGAAAAGAUGUGCAACUUGCUUGCGCCGCCAAUGACACAGAAAUACCACUAGAUCAACAUCCUAGUAGAAGCUGGUCAGGUGGACCUUUCAAUAAAAUAUUGUGUAUGAAUGCAAUAUCUGCAGACCUGUCAAAAUAUUAUGAAGUAAUCGGAAAGGAUAGAUAUGAGUACAUACUUGUUAUAAAAAACUUUUCCGAGGCUGAUGUAGGCUGUGAAUAUAAAUGUAUCGUUGGUGUAGACGAAACACGAAAAACACUCCAGCUGAACGAGGACUAUGAAUAUUUACCACCAAAAGAAACGACGACUGUAACUUCAAAUUUACAGUAUGGACAUUUCAGUGUUGAUGUUCAUAUUGAUAAAGUAUGGCCAACACCAGAAUGUGAAAUAAUGUUUCAGGAAAUCAAAUAUGGAAAUCUAGCAAAAAUGUCUAAAAGGACAAAUGGGAAAUUAUAUUCUGUCGACAUUAGUUUAAAACACACAUUGAGAAAAGAAGACUGUACCGGUGAAAUGUUGAUAUCCUGCGAGAUUGGAACAAAACACAUCGAGAUUCAGAGAAAACAUUUUAACACAUGCCCAGUCACUGCAGUUCCACCCAGAGAAAGCAACUUCCUAAACGAUUAUUGGCUUAUCACACUGGUUAUUGCUGUUAUCAUGAUUUUAGUUUUGGUUUUUGUAAUAAUGAUAUCCAUGAUAAUCAAACAAAAAGGCUACAUCAAAUCCAUCACCGAAUUCCACCUUGGAUAUGCUGGCAGAACUCCUAAAGAUAUACCACUGAACAAAGAACCAGAUGUGAUAAUUCCUUUGCAGUCCCUAAAAGAGCAGCCAUCUUGAGGAUGGAAGAUAUUACCAUGUGUUUUAUUAUUUAUAUAUAUCAAAUUAAGUAUUCAUUUAUACUUAGUAUAAUGUAUGAUCCAGACGUUCAUGAUGAAAGUAAAAUCUCAAACUUUGUACAAAAUAAACAACUUACAUUACACAGAAUGUUCUUUGUAACAUGAACAUACAAUAUUUGAUUUGAUGUAGAUCAUACCUAAGAGUGCAAGAGUUCAAGUACAUGAACAGUACCAAGAUACAUAUAUAUAUAUAUCUUUAAUAAUGCUUGAAAAUUAAUAUGCGAUGACAUAAUUGACAAAGGAUGAGCACACACAAUACUAUUAUUGAAGUACGGAUCGAUAUUAAUAAAGGGAAGGAAAAUGGUUUUGGGUGCAUUAGGAUUAUCUUUGAAAUCAAAAUAUCAGCCUAGAAAAAAUAAAAUUAGCCCAAGACAGGAUAAUAAUAUUCAUCCCGUUUAGAAUUCAGAAAAUAUAUAUAAAACAAAAUACAUAAACUUGUUUUCAACAACAUAUUGUUGUAUCUUUAGGACACGUUAUCUAAGUCUUUUUAUGUUUGGAAAUAUUUCUAUAAUUGUUAUUUAUAAGACAUUAACAUGAUUAAGAAGAUGUAAUAAUCAACCUUUAAAUUUUCUAGUGAAACAAUGAUAAUUAUUAGAUAAAAAAAAAAAUAGAAAUAUUUUUUCUGAUUGCAUGAUUUGUCGGUAAAGUAUUGUCCGUUAUUUUAUAUGUGGAAGGUAGCCA